UUUCAAAAUCUUCUUGUGGGUUAGAAUUGAAAAUGAAACCUCCCCUGGCUUAGCGUGAAGAGUUAUUCUCUAUUACAUUCUAUUACUCCACGUCACCAUACCCUUACCUUCCUACACAUUUAAACCCCUUUAUUUUCCUCUAACCUUCAAUUCAUCCAAUUCACAAACCAAACUUUCAAAAUAUUUCACUUUUUAUUAAAUAAAAUGGAGGGUCUUAUUCCAUUUGUGUACAAAGCCAUAAUUCAAUACAAGAAUGGCAAAGAAGGGUCUAUUGGUUCAUGGCUUUGUGACUCACCUUCUUAUUCAUACAUGAAACUUCCCGCCGGUGAUUCGGGUCGGUUUCAAACCGUUGUUUUUUCUUCUUCUUCUUCAUCUUCCAACAUUGCUUCUUCUAGCGGUGAUGUUCGAUCUCCACGUCGCCGCUUGAAUUCGCAUAAAAUUUCAACAUGAACAAUUAUUGUGUCGUGUUAUGGUGCUUGAAUGAAUGUGGUGUGAUUGAUCAUUAUUACUUUACAUGUUGUUUUCAAAAAAAAAAAAACAAAAAAAAACUUUACUUCUUCUAAGUGGUCAUGUUUGUUGUCCUUUGCAUAUGCAAGCGUGUGACUAACCAAAAAAAGGAGUCCUACACGUUUGGUUAGUAAUUGGAAAUUAGUUAGCAUUGUCCAAUUGUAAAUAUGGGUUAUGAAUGCUUGUAAAAAUUAAGUGUAUUUGUAUGUGUUUAUGGCCAAAGGGUCAUAAUAUUAUGAUAUACUAUGUUUUCCAAGGGAGGAAAAUGGUAAGUCGAAUAAAGGAUGGGUUUCUUGGCCUAAGUGGUCAUGGAAACAAAGAAAAAUUAGAUUACAAUAAUUAAAUUGCUUCUUGUUAUAUUUAGUGGUUUGAUUGAUUUUA